AAAAUUAAAACAAAAUCCCAAUAAAAGCUAUCAAAUUCAAAUUUAACGUUGUCCUAGAGCAUCAGGACAAUCCCAACAAAAUGAGAAUAAUAAUCCCAACCCAUUUUAACAUUUUCCUUCUACAUGGGCAAUUCCAACAAAACCAGACCCAUUUUAGAGCUUUCCAAACAAUGGCCCCCAAAAUCACAGUCACCUCCCACUCCCACUAACCAUAGCCAUAUAAUUCAAGCAAUCAUACCAACAAAACAAAACAAACCACUUUUUCCAUGGCAGAAACUAGCACCAGUGCUACUAACAGCAACUUCAAUAAUGGAUCACCUAUAGCUAACUUAGCUCCAGACCAUCUCUUUACAAUCUUGCUUUUACUUCCUAUAGAGUCAAUUCUAUCCUUUGCCAUGACUUGUAAGAAACUCAGGUAUCUGGCAAGUUCUAAUGCUCUGUGGGAGUCCAUAUGCAGGAGAGAUUGGGGAACUACUGCUGUAGAUGCCCUUAAGUCUUCUUUUCAUGGUGAUGAGGAUCAUCAACUGCUUUCAUGGAUUAGGCUAUACAAGCAGGUCUCUCAACUUGACUCAAUUUGUUGCUACAAGCUCUCUGACCCAGAUUCUGAUUUGACGUUGCCAAGCCCCAGAGCCUCUCACUCUCUCAAUUUUGUGUCUGGUUGCCUGGUUUUGUUUGGUGGCGGCUGUGAAGGAGGACGCCAUCUUGAUGACACUUGGGCUGCAUACAUUGGUAAUAAUUUUGGGAGGAUGUUAAGGUGGCAGAAGAUUCAUUCAGGUAUCCCAAGUGGUAGAUUUGGGCAUUCAUGUGUUGUCAUUGAAAAUUAUCUUGUUCUGUUUGGAGGAUUCAAUGACCGGGGGGAUCGUCACAAUGAUACAUGGGUGGGGCAAGUAGCAUUCCACGAGAACCUUGGUAUCUCAUUAUCAUGGAGGCUGUUAGAUGUGGCGUCAAUAGCACCACCUCCACGUGGAGCCCAUGCUGCAUGUUGCAUAAGCAACAGGAAGAUGGUUAUUCAUGGAGGAAUUGGUCUGAAUGCCGUGAGGUUGGGUGAUACAUGGGUUGUAGAACUCUCAGGGAAUCUUUGUUUCGGAACAUGGCAUGAGAUUGUGAGUCAUCCCUCACCUCCAGCUCGUUCAGGACAUUCAUUGACACACAUAGGGGAAGCACAAACAAUUCUAUUCGGCGGGAGAGGAUUGGGUUACGAGGUGCUGAAUGAUAUCUGGCUUUUGGAUAUGUCUGAGGAUUAUUCAAAAUGGGUACAAAUAUUUUAUGAAUUGCAAAACAUACCAGCAGGAGUUUCUCUCCCACGGGUUGGCCAUUCAGCUACAUUUAUCUUAGGAGGACGACUGCUAAUUCAUGGCGGAGAAGAUUCACAGAGGCACCGAAAGGAUGACUUUUGGCUAUUAGACAUUAAUGCCAUAACAUUAGAAAGAGUGCAGCCAGCUAGAUUAAGCUCCCAGAGAUUGUUGACAAACAUGUGGAAGAGACUUAGAGCCGAGGGUUAUAAACCCAAGUCCAGAUCAUUUCACCAAGCUUGCGUGGAUAAUUCGGGGCGUUAUUUGUAUGUGUAUGGUGGAAUGGUGGAUGGAUUACUUCAGCCUACAGAAGCAGCAGAAGCAGCCGGACUUGCGUUUGAUGGAGAGCUAUUUCUGGUGGAGCUGGUACUCAGCUGUAAGAAAAGAGGUUAGAGGCCUAUUGUAAAUAUUUCCGUUGAGUAUGUGCUUCAUGGACAUUGACAAAUAUUACCAAAUAAAGACCAGUCCUAGACUCCUAGUGUGCUGUCCACUAAUGGCUUAUUUACCAAGAACCAUGAAUCACUGGUUCAGGGCACCAAUGGUUUUAGAGUUGCAUAUUUGAUGAAAUGUUUCUCAAACUGGGUUGUUGUACAUUCUUAUCUCUCUUUUUCUAAUAUGAAAGAAGCAUAAAAUCCUUGUAGGAAAGGCUUAGUUGUUUGUGUCCACUAGGAAACUAAUGUUUGGUG